GAUGACAAGACACGUCAAAAACAGCUGGUCUAAAACUGAUUGUGUAUUCCUUCUAGUGAUGUGUGGCUUUUUCUAAUAGGAAUAUUAUUGCAAACGUGUACAUUUUUUCACCCACGAGUUCGAGUGCUGUUUGUACUUACUUAUGAAAUAAUAAUGUAUCAUUUGUGCACGUGAAAAUCAUGCGUAUCCUUUCCGGGGAUCUCAGCAAAAUGUUUAUUGUUAAAGGUUUGGAAAAGAUUCUCGCCGACAAAGAAGUCAAACGAAGCCACUUGGCUCAAUUAAGGAAAGCUUGUGAAACAGCACUAGAGGAUAUACAAGAGGAACUGAAACAUGAAGAAAAUGAAAAGAGCUCAAAUAGCACCUCUGCUGCUCUUCCACUUCCACGAAAUUACUCUGCAAAUGUAAUCAAUGCAGAAAAACAUUACCUUCCGUUUGAACUAGCUUGCCAGUGCUCAGUUCCAAGGGUUGUUGUAAUUGCAUUAGAUUGCUUACAGAAACUCAUUGCUUAUGGCCAUUUAAGUGGAACAUCACUUGAUCCACAUAAUCCACAGCGGCGUCUCAUAGACAGGGUGGUUGCAACCAUAUGCGCAUGUUUCACUGGAACACCUACUGAAGAAAGUGUUCAGUUGCAAAUCAUUAAAGCCUUAUUAACUGUAGUCACAUCUCAGCAUGUGGAAAUCCAUGAAGGGACUCUACUUCUGGCAGUUCGAACUUGUUACAAUAUCUAUCUGGCCAGCAAAAAUCUGAUUAAUCAGACAACUGCUAAAGCAACAUUGACACAAAUGUUGAAUGUUAUUUUUAUGAGAAUGGAAAAUCAGGCUAUUGAAGAAGAAGCAGCCUUCCCAAAUCAGGAAAACAAUCUGGAACAAGCCGAAGUUGGAGAAACUAAACUAGAAGCUAUCGAAAUAGUUUCUUCAAUUGUUGACGACAUCGUUGCAACAGCCGUCAACGAUGCCAGCGCUGAAAAAGAAGUUGAAGGAGACACGCAAAGCGAAGGAGGUCAGAGCAACGGAGGAGCUCCUCCAUCUAUUAUUUCAGUGUGUUCAUCAUCGCUGCCCCGAGUGCCCUCGCAAGACAGUGUUGACACUAUUGGUGGCACUAGUUCCAGUGGUGGAGACUUAGAACCGAUUGGGACGUCCAAUAGCUUCUCGCACGUUUUGCAAAAAGACGCAUAUCUUGUAUUUCGUUCACUUUGUCGGCUGGCCAUGAAACCUCUGCCCGACGGCAUUCCAGAUCCGAAAUCUCAUGAGCUGCGGUCCAAACUUUUGUCUCUACAACUUCUCUUAUCAGUGGUGCAAAAUGCCGGCCCAGUUUUUCGCGAGCAUCCUGUUUUUCUAUCUGUAGUCCGGCAGUGCCUGUGCGUAGCACUCAGUCGCGACGGAGCCUCUAGCGUAACCGAAGUAGCUGAGCUUUCCCUAGCUCUCUUUCUCGCAUUAUUGAACAACUUUAAGGCACAACUUAAAAAACAAAUUGAAGUGUUUUUCCGGGAGAUCUUUCUCAACAUUCUAGAAAAUCCUGGUUCGACUUUUGACCACCACUGGCUAGUUAUGCAAGCUUUAACGCGUAUCUGUGCCGACGCUCAGAGUGUGGUAGACCUGUAUGUCAAUUAUGACUGCGAUUUGUCUGCUGCCAACAUCUUUGAGCGCUUAGUUAAUGUACUGUCGAAGAUCGCUCAAGGGCGGCAUGUUGUAGACCUAAGGACGACGCCAAUUCAAGAAAAGGCUUUACGGAUAAAAGGCCUCGAGUGCCUUGUGACAAUUUUGAAGUGUAUGGUUGAAUGGAGUCGUGAGCUGUAUGUCAAUCCUAAUGCGCAAUCUAACAUUGGUUCGUCUUUUACAACAAGUAUUUCAAAAAAUCAUUAUCGUUAUAACGUACUUUCUUACACAGACGCCGAGAAAAUAAAAGAAAACCACACAGAUGAAAAUGAAAGCCAAAAUUACGUCAACGGCACUAUGACAACUCCAAAACAAUUUGAAGCCAUCAAGCAGCAAAAGGAAAUAUGGGAACAGGGGAUCGUGCUGUUUAAUCGGAAAUCUAGGAGAGGCUUGCAAUACUUGCAGUCGCAGAAGCUUCUUGGGGAAGAAGCAGUUGACGUGGCGCGUUUUCUAGUGACGGAGGAACGACUGGAUAAAACAGUAGUCGGCGACUUUCUUGGAGAACCCGACAAGUUUAAUAAGGAGGUUAUGUACGCCUACGUUGAUUUACUGGAUUUCAACGAAAAAGAUUUCGUUAGUGCCCUGCGUCACUUUCUGGAGGGUUUUCGACUACCCGGUGAAGCCCAAAAAAUUGACAGGCUUAUGGAAAAGUUUGCUGCUCGUUAUUGUGAAUGCAAUUCAAGUCUUAGACUAUUCGCCAGUGCUGAUGCUCCCUACGUUCUGGCAUAUUCAAUCAUCAUGCUAACGACAGAUCUUCAUUCCCCACAAGUCAAGAACAAGAUGACUAAGGAACAGUUCAUUAAGAACAAUCGUGGCAUCAACGAUUCAAAGGAUCUGCCUGAAGAGUAUCUUAGUCAGAUUUACGAUGAGAUCGCUGGAAACGAGAUCAAAAUGAAGGCUCAUGCGUCCAACGCUUUAGGCAACAAAGUUAGCAAGUCAGCAGGGACAGCGAAUGAAAAGAAACGUCGUCUUUUGUGGAACAUGGAAAUGGAAGCUUUGUCUUCGACUGCACGCCAAUUAAUGGAGUCUGUCAGUCACGUUCAUUCGCCCUUUACAUCAGCUACGCACUCGGAGCAUGUUCGACCCAUGUUCAAAGUUGCAUGGACACCUUUUCUAGCCUCUUUCAGUGUAGGACUACAAGAUUGCGAUGAUCUGGAAGUGUCAACUCUGUGUCUGGAUGGUAUUCGCUGUGCCAUCCGCAUAGCCUGCAUCUUUCAUAUGGCUCUUGAACGAGAUGCUUUCAUUCAAGCCUUGGCCCGCUUUACUCUAUUGACUGCCAACUCUCCGAUCACUGAGAUAAAAACUAAAAACAUAGAUACGAUCAAGACUCUCAUAACAGUCGCCCAUACUGAUGGAAAUUACCUGGGACACUCGUGGCUUGACAUCCUUAAAUGUAUUAGCCAAUUGGAGUUGGCUCAGCUGAUAGGCACUGGAGUUCGACCGCAAUUUAUUACUGGAACUCCGACUACACCAACAGGUGCCAAUUUAGCUGGCAACAAUUUGAAUUUGAAUUUGGGCGCCAUGAAUUUGAAUUUGAACUUACCAGGUAUCUCUUCUUCGGGUAAUAAUCUACAUCUGUCUGAUCUGCCAAGCGUCAGUAUAAACUCCCUCGAACCUAGUGUCAAAGAGUCCAUUGGGGAAACUAUUUCUCAGAGCGUGGUGGUAGCAGUGGAUCGGAUCUUCACUGGUUCUACCCGGUUGGACGGAAAUGCUAUUGUCGAUUUUGUCCGCGCUUUAUGCCAGAUCUCACUUGAAGAGUUGGCCCAUUCUACGCAGCCGCGCAUGUUCAGUUUGCAGAAAAUUGUUGAAAUCUCCUAUUACAAUAUGGGACGUAUUCGUUUGCAAUGGUCGCGUAUUUGGGAGGUUUUGGGCGACCACUUUAACAAAGUGGGAACGAGUAGUAACGAGAACAUCGCUUUCUUCGCAGUCGAUUCACUUCGACAACUUGCAAUGAAAUUCAUUGAAAAGGGAGAACUGGCAAAUUUUCGAUUCCAAAAAGAUUUUCUCAGGCCAUUUGAGCACAUCAUGAAACGCAAUCGAUCACCCACAAUUCGCGAUAUGGUGGUUCGUUGUGUCACCCAAAUGGUUCAUAGCCAAUCAGAUAAUAUCAAAUCAGGAUGGAAGAACAUAUUUUGUGUCUUUCUACUAGCCGCAUCCGACAACGACGAAGCAAUUGUGGAGCUGGCUUUUCAAACAAUAAAUAAAAUUGUAACAGAACUUUACGUAACUAACAUGGCGGCAAUGAUCGAUAGCUUCCAGGAUUGCGUCAAGUGCCUAAGCGAGUUCGCCUGCAAUCCACUUUUCCCGGAUACUAACAUGGAGGCUAUCCGUUUGAUAAGGCUGUGCGGUCGGCAUGUUGCCGACCAACCAGCUCUGUUUCGCGAUGGGGGUGCCCAAUUGGCAGACGACAUGGUCAACAGCCAAUUAACUUCAGCUGUGACCAACUUGGGAUUAAUUCCCGAGGAAGAACGCCUAUGGGUCCGUGGUUGGUUUCCCAUUCUGUUUGAGUUGAGCUGCAUCAUCGGACGUUGCAAACUAGACGUGCGUACUCGCGCUCUAACUGUUCUCUUCGAAAUGGCUAAACAAUACGGUUCAACGUUCCGGUCACAUUGGUGGAAGGAUUUAUUUAAAGUUAUCUUUCGAAUCUUCAACCAAUCGAAAUUGCCGGAUCAGUUGUCUGAAAAAUCUGACUGGCUUACUACUACAUGUAACCACGCACUCUACGCCAUGGUCGAUGUUAUCACGCAAUAUUUUGAUUUGAUCGGUUCAUUGCUUAUUGAUGAUUUUAUCGCUCAGCUGUUGUGGUGCGUGACCCAGGAAAAUGAGCAACUAGCGCGCUCAGGUGUCAAUUGCUUGGAAAACCUGGUGAUUAGUAACGGACCCAAGCUGGGUGAUGCUUCUUGGUUACGAAUCUGUGGUUGUGUUGAUGACAUAUUCCAUUUAACAUUACCUGAUGCCCUAUUGACGUGGAGCCCUCACUCGGCGCCAGCUGAAACGGAUAGUGGAGUCAAAGAUACACAGCGACUCUUCAAUGGUCUUUUAGUUCAGUGUCAAGUCCAGUUGGAGCUGAUCCAUACCAUUGACAACAUCGUUUUUUUCCCUUCUACGACUCGCAAAGAAGAUGCGGAUUUGCUCGCCUCUGCCAAAAGCAUUUCGGCUAGCCAAAGAGACCUUGAUCUCGAUCAAGGAAUGUUUCAGUUCAUGUCUACAGAGCACCUGUUGCUGAUGGUCGAUUGCUUAGCAAAGUCGCAUAAUUUUGCUCGCCAGUUCAACACCAACUCGACGCAGAGGAAUGUAUUAUGGAAGGCAGGAUUCCGAGGACCUGUCCGACCAAACUUGCUGAAACAGGAAACGCAAAGUCUUGCUUGCGCCAUGCGCAUCCUCUUCCGCCUUUACCACGACGAAGGGCGACAAAACGAAUGGGGAAAGGUAGCUGAUAAACUGACACAUUUGGGUAAGGACGCCCUCGAGUACUACGUUACUCUUGAGACCGAGAGCCAUCGUGAUGCAUGGUCACCUCUUAUGCUCCUUUUCCUGUGGAAGAUAAAUCAACUGACUGACGAAAAGUUUAAAACGCACGUCAGUUGGUGGCAUCAGCUUCUGUGUGAGUUGGUGUCUUUCGAGUUAAAACCGGAAUUGCGGUCAUUGCUUAGAAAGAUUUUUCUCAAAGUCGGUCAAGUAUUCCGAGUCAUUGCCGCCGCUCCAUGAAUAUUUAUCUAUUAGGUGUUGUUUAGUACUUUGAAAAUUUAUACCCCUAGUUGCUCCCUCAUAUGUAAACCUCCAGUUCCCGUAUCGAGUGAUCACUUCACCGUCCUUGAUAAAGAAAUAAAAAGAAUUUGAAGUUUA